AUGACUUACGGCCGCAGAUCAGAAUUAUGCGGCCGUAGACCUCCAGUUCCUGACAAGUUGAAGAAAUCUGGGGACUGCCCAUGGAAUUAUGUUCCUCUUCAUUCACAUGCUUCGUCUGUUACUGUGUUCAAUGGAUUGAACUUCUCUAAAUGGCAUGAACAAGUCCAGUUCCACUUAGGUGUAAUGGAUAUUGACUUGGCUCUGCUGAAUGAUAAGCCCACUGCCAUUACUGAUACGAGCAAUGCGGAUGAGAAGUCUUUCCAUAAAGCAUGGGAACGCUCUAACAAGCUGAGCCUUAUGUUUAUGCGAAUGAUUAUUUCCAACAACAUUAAUAGUACUAUUCCACAAACAGAAAGUGCCAGGGAAUACCUGAAGUUUGUGGAAGAAUGUUUUUGUUCUACAGAUAAGUCUCUCACUGGUACACUAAUGGCUGAACUCACGACAUGA